GAAUUUCUCGGACCCGACCCAUACCCGUAAUCAAUCCGGAGUAUAAAUGACCUGAUCCAAAUACCCACGAUCUCAAACAGCCAGUUUGCCGGGUCUAGUUGCACCUUGCAACUGAUUUCGUCACUAUACGCUGAUCUUUCGAUUAAUUGACUGGUGCGCCGGUGAAAUUCAUGUUCAAUAAUUGCAGUAACGGCGGCUUUACGGCUGGGACGCGUGAUGACGACGAAUAAAGUGAAUAAGGGGCAAUCUGGACAAGGUUUUGGAGCUGCUAUGUGAAUUUGAUAUGUGAUGCAUACAUUGCAAAAGACCUAAUCUUUAGAAUUGUUGAAUAAGCUGUUUCCCUGUGCAAUAUACUCAAUUUAAGAAAGAAAACUGAAAGGAUUUUAAAUAAUGGAUCGCGGGGAUAAUAAAGGGCAGAUAGCUCGUAUCCUGGUAGAUUUUCUGGAAGUGGCCAUCACUUCCAUUGUUUUCCACAAGGGUGUUUACCCUUCUGGAGCAUUUGAAAGGCGAAGGUACAUGAAUAUGGUGGUUCAUAAGGCAAAGCAUCCUGAACUUGAAGAAUACAUACACUCUGCUGUCAAUGGACUCUUUCCUUUCCUAGAAAAGGGAUCUGUUGAUAGAGUAGCAGUUAUAUUCUUUGAUAACGAGGGAACUCCGUUGGAAAGAUAUAAUUUCAAGCUUCAAGUUAACCAAUCUUUUGGAUCGAAAGUUGAAGAAUCUGACCUUGGAUUUUCUCUUAGAUCAUUUCUACUCAAGCUCUCUUUGUCAAAGGACCUUGCUAGGGUUCUGCCAAGGGAUUGCAGGUGGGAAGUAACUGCUUUUUUUCGUGCUGAAGCUCAGAUUAGUACAAAUAAUGAUGUGGAGCUAUGGAUCCCAACAGACACAAAGCAGUGGCAGAAUACUCCACUUAUAACUCCUUUAAAGUCUAUGAGUUCUGAACCUCUAGGUUUACAGUUGUAUAUGGAGCAUUCUACUUAACUUGAGCAAGAAGGUUGAUCAGAUAAUCUAAUUUUUAUUUAGUUGUGUUGUCUUCACUAAAUAGAGCAAAAUGUUGAUGAUAAACCAACGACAGGGUUGCAAAAACCAGGUUUUACAUCUUUGAUCGAUUCAUCGGUAUCUGAGCAUUUCAGUUUCUGGGUGUAAAUCUGUGCGCCAUCAAAAAGAACGGAAGCCAUUUCCACAGUGGAUAGUUGCUGUAUCAUUGACCGAGUCAUACACGACUAGUCUAGAUGCUGUUACUAGUAACUACUUGUGCUGCUCUGAACCUGAACCUGAACCUGAACCUGACUAUGAGAAAUGGAAGGUUUCCCUGUUUGAUUAUGUAAUUGGAGAUUUAGAGCCUUUGAGCUAUAAUAUAUGUUUAGCCUAUACACAUUAUUUGCACCAAUUACGUUGAUUUCAUUGUUCCAGCAAGUCCAAUUUAUAACCGCAAAAUCAAUACAUUUUUUUAUGUUUUAUUUAA